AUGGUUCACUUCUUGCACCCGGGGUUCUUGCCCCGGACCAUUGUCCCUCCGGACGCUCAGAAGGAUGCCCUGGGCUGCUGCGUGGUGCAGGAGGAGGCAUCUCCCUACUCUUUGGUCAACAUCUGCCUGAAUGCCUUGAUUGCUAACCUGGAGAAAUUGUGUUCUGAAAGACCUGACGGAACACUGUGUCUUCCGGAGCAUUGGCGUUUCCCUCAGGAAGUAGCUGAUCGGUUCCUUGGGGUGAUGACUUGGCAAGGCAAGCUGACUGACAGAACGGCAAGCAUUUUCCAAGGCAACCAAAUGAAAUUGAAGCUGGUCAAUAUCCAAAAAGCUAAAAUCUCUACACCUGCAUUCAUAAAAGCUUUCUGCCAUCAUAAGCUCAUUGAACUGGAUGCUACUGCAGUACAUGCUGACCUCCCAAUCCCAGACAUCAUAAGUGGACUCUGCAGCAAUAACUGGAUCCAGGAAAACCUUCAGUGUCUCCUGUUAGACUCAACAAGCAUCCCUCAAGAUUCAAGACUACUUUUCUUUGGUCAGCUCACUGGUCUUCGCAUUUUAAGUGUUUUCAAUGUUUGUUUUCAUACUGAAGACCUGGCUAAUGUUUCUCACUUACCAAGACUGGAAAGCUUGGAUAUCUCCAACACUCUGGUCACUAACAUCUCUGCAUUGCUUACCUGUAAGGAUCGACUCAAGUCUCUAACGAUGCACUAUCUGAAAUGCCUGAGCAUGUCCAAACCACAAAUUCUUGCAGUCAUUAGAGAACUUAAAUGUCUGCUUCACCUUGAUAUUUCUGAUCACAGGCAACUCAAAUCAGACCUAGCUUUUCAUUUGCUACAGCAGAAAGAUAUCCUGCCUAAUGUCAUAUCACUGGACGUUUCUGGGGGCAAUUGCAUCACUGAUGGAGUUGUAGAACUGUUUGUACGGCAGCGGCCUGCAAUGCAAUUUGUGGGACUACUGGCUACGGAUGCUGGUUAUUCUGACUUCUUUACUACAGAGCAAGGCUUGAGGCUUGUGGCUGUAGGAAUGAGGAAUCAUCCAUUGGAUUUGCCAGUGCAGUUCACGGCCAGUGCUUGCGCUCUGAACUUAACACGCCAGGGCCUGGCCAGGGGGAUGCCUGUUCGUCUAUUGUCAGAGGUCACCUGUCUACUUUUCAAGGCUUUGAAAAACUUCCCCCAUUAUCAGCAGUUACAGAAGAAUUGUCUUCUCUCCUUAACCAAUUCCAGGAUUCUUGUGGAUGUUCCAUUUGAUAGGUUUGAUGCAGCCAAGUUUGUUAUGAGAUGGCUCUGUAAGCAUGAAAACCCCAAGAUGCAAACAAUGGCAGUGAGCAUCACCUCUAUUUUAGCCCUGCAGCUCUCACCUGAGCAAACUGUACAACUUAAAGAAGAGCUCUUGAUGGCAGUUAAGGAACUUGUAGCAAUAGUAAAACAAAAGACUACUGAGAAUUUAGACGAUGUCACCCUCUUGUUUACUUUGAAAGCACUUUGGAAUCUUACAGAUGAGUCUCCAGCUGCCUGCAAGCACUUUGUUGAAAAUCAAGGAUUGGUAGUCUUCACGCGAGUCUUGGAGACUUUUUCAGAGUCAGCAAUACAAAGCAAAGUACUUGGUCUUUUGAACAACAUAGCAGAAGUCAAAGAGCUGUCUUCCAGGCUUGUGAGUGAAGACAUGAUGAAGCGUAUCCGCAGUUUACUCCACAGCAAAGAAAUGGAAGUGAGCUAUUUUGCUGCAGGUAUCAUAGCCCACCUGACAUCCGACAGACAGCCUUGGCUAUCCCGUGACUUUCAGAGGCGUGCUCUUCUCCAAGAUCUGAACAGUGAAUGUGGUGACUUGGGGAUAUCUAAAAUGUCAUUUGUCCAUGGAGUGUCUUUGUUUAAUUUUCUUUCAGCCAGCAAAUACUGCAAAAUGUUAGUCGAAGAAGAAGGAUUACAACUUCUGUGUGAUAUCCAGGAGCACAGUGAGGCAAACCCCCAAGCACAGCAGAUUGCAGCCUCCAUUCUAGAUGACUUCAGAAUGCAUUUCAUGAAUUAUCAGAGACUCCCUCUGUGUCGAAUGCAGUUCUUAACCUAA